AUGGACCCGCACCCCACCAUCUUCACCAAUCAGUUGAACAACUAUCUACAAAGCCGCAAUGAGGGCCACUUAUUGAGCUGGAUAGAGCUGAUGACGGGGCCCGCCCACGCCCCCACUUGGACAGUACAAUGUAAAUUCGACGGCGAACUCAUCAGCACCGGACACGGAGCCCACAAGCAUGAGGCGAAAGGUUCCGCCUCCAAACAGGCCCUAGAAAUUCUGAGGCAGAGGGGUUAA